GAAGAAAGAAAGAAGUGAAGAAUAGAGAAGACCAAAGAAAUGAAGCAAGUUAUUACUAAGGAUAUGUGCUGGUGUUGUAAAAUUGCCUUUUUAUGUCAUGUAGGUUAGCUUUGUAAGUACAAUAACUGUAGCCACGUACUAGGCAAAUCUGGACUCCAACCAGGUGGAGUGGCCUCGCCCUUUCUGGAGUGUCUCACGUGUCGGAGUUUAAAGAGGCCGAAACACGUGUGACAUGGUGAAAGAUUGGGAACUCCCCUGAUGACCAGUAACAAAGAGCCUAGCACUGCACCUGCAUGUUGCUGGACUUGUGGAUUAGGUUUACAUGUAAGCACCUGGCUGGUUGCAUCCGGUGACGCCGACAAAAGCCGCCCACCCUCUCUCGUUAGCUUUAGUCCUGCCUACACUUUACCUCUCUUCCUUCUUUCCCCAAUAACAAACACACAAACACACACACACAUUCACCUCUGGGUAUUACUAUUGUAGCUACUACACAAAAAAAGCAACCACCCACUUCUCUCUGACUGGUGCUUAUACAAACAAAGCAAGCCUAUCUACUGACAUUGAACUACAACAUAUGACACAGGAUGCCUCCAACUGAUGUGGGUGGGUAGGGAGUGAAGCGGCUUCCCAAUCCAACAUUCUAUACUUGUGUAUUUUACUAUGCUGAUGAGGAGUCGCGCUAUAUAACCCUGUUGUGCUGGAGUAGGUCCACAUAAAUUUCUGAUGUAUGAGGGAUUGUGUGUUGUGUGACACCGACAAAAGCCUUCCCAAAAUCUAAAACCCCUACUUUCUCUUUCUCAAUCUCCCUCCCUGGCGAUCAGUAAUGCAUUUCAACAAUGUUUUUUGUGUUCUAUUUUUCGAGUGUUUCGCAAAUGUUUUGUCAUAAAAAAAUAUAUAUGCACCACAUAAGUAUUGUCAUAGCUAUCCAAAUUACUAUAUAUUUGCCCUCAAAAUGGUGGCCAGGUCAUUCAUAGUGGUGUUCUGUCUGAUGACACUGAAGCUGGUAAAGGCUGACAUUGAUGUUGUAAGGGUUGCUGCUGCCGCAUAUGAAGCUCUAGGCCCUGAUUUGCAUAAAAUAGAGGAAGAUAUAGGUCGUAUGAAGAGUGAGAUAUUUGCAGAAAUGGACAAGCACAUUGCACAGAGUGUCAAGGCUGCAGUUGGAACAACUCUUCAAGAUCUAGCACCGACCCUGCUUUCACGGAUACUUCCGCUGGCUAUAAUCCUUGUUUUCCUGCCUCCUCCUGCAAGGAGAUCCUCCAGUUGGCCCCAAAGUCUCCCUCAGGUCUUUACUGGAUAA